AGUAUCUAAGCAGGAGCACCCUUGGGGAUUGGCCCGCGGGCACCGAGCGGGGAUUUCGGACGCGGCCGAGGGCGUGGCGCUCCCCCCAAGGCCAACGAGGCGGGGUCGUGCGGGAGUCCCGCCCAGCCCUCUGCAGAGGCCGCGCGCGCGCUCCCCGCGGGUGUGCGCGGGUGUGCGCGGGUGUGCGCGGGCCGGGGCGGAGCGGCACCGGCGGCCCCCGCGCCUCUGCCGCACCACCGCGCGGGUCGGGGCCGCGGGGCGGGGCCGGGGCCCGGCGCUGACGUUGCGGCGCGGCCGGCGGCCCGGGAGGUGGGGAAGCGGCGGCAGCCUCUCGGCCCAGCCCAGCCCGCAGCUGCGGCGGCCGGCUGUGCGGGUGGCGGCGUGCUGAGCUGGCUCCUGACCGUCUUCUGCCGCUGCCGAGUUUGUCGCCCGCGUCCCCGGCUCGCCAGUCCCCGCCAUGGCCCUGGAACCGGACGCCGAACCGGCGACGGGGCCCUCCCGAUGGCUGCCGACGCACGUCCAGGUGACGGUGCUGCGGGCCCGGGGGCUGCGGGGCAAGAGCUCGGGCGCGGGCAGCACCAGCGACGCGUACACGGUGAUCCAGGUGGGCCGCGAGAAGUACAGCACGUCGGUGGUGGAGAAGACACCCGGCUGCCCUGAGUGGCGCGAGGAGUGCUCCUUCGAGCUGCCUCCCGGCGCCCUGGAUGGCCUGCUGCGGGCGCAAGAGGCAGAUGCGGGGCCGGCGCCCUGGGCCGCGGGUUCGUCUGCCGCUUGCGAGCUGGUGCUCACCACCAUGCACCGCUCACUCAUCGGUGUGGACAAGUUCCUGGGCCAGGCCACCGUGGCGCUGGAUGAGGUCUUCGCCGCCGGCCGCGCCCAGCACACUCAGUGGUACAAGCUGCACUCUAAGCCUGGCAAGACAGAGAAGGAACGAGGAGAGAUCCAAGUCAGCAUCCAGUUCACGCGCAACAACUUGAGCGCCAGCAUGUUUGACCUGUCCAUGAAGGACAAGCCGCGGUCCCCCUUCAGCAAGAUCAAGGACAAGAUGAAGGGCAAGAAGAAGUUCGACCUGGAGUCGGCCUCUGCCAUCCUCCCCAGCAGCGCCCUGGAGGACCCUGAGCUGGGCAGCCUGAGCAAGAUGGGCAAAGCCAAGGGCUUCUUCCUUCGCCACAAGCUGCGCAAGUCAUCACUGACCCAGUCCAACACCUCCCUGGGCUCCGACAGUACCCUGUCCUCGGCCAGCGGCAGCCUGGCCUACCAGGGCCCUGGGGCUGAGCUCCUCACACGCUCCCCCAGCCGCAGCAGCUGGCUGUCCACGGAAGGCGGCAGGGACCCCGCCCCGUCUCCCAAGCUGCUCACCCACAAGAGGACCUACAGCGACGAGGCCAGCAAGAUGCGCGCUGCCCCACCCCGUGCCCUCCUGGACCUCCAGGGCUAUUCGGACGCUGCCUCUCGCUCUUCCCUCUGCGUCAACGGGAGCCACAUUUACAAUGAGGAGCCCCAGGGCCCCCUGCCGCGACACCGCAGCUCCAUCUCGGGUCCCCUGCCGCUCUCCAGCUCCCUGCACAGUGUCUCUCAUCGGUCCUCGGAGGAGGGCUCUCGCCCCGCAGAUGACUCUUGGGGCCGAGGUGGUCAUAGUGCGAGCGGCUCAGAGGCAGCCGGAGCGGAGGAGCGGAGCGCUCAGUCCAAAGUGCAGGCUGCGGCCAGUCGCUCUGGAGAGGAGGAGGGGGCCCGGCCACCGGAGGGGAAGCCUGUGCAGGUGGCCACACCCAUUGUGGCCUCCUCAGAAGCAGCGGUGGAGAAGGAAGGAGUCCGGAAGGACGAGCGCAAGCCCCGAUUGGGUCUCUUCCACCACCACCCCCCUGGGCUGAGUCGGAGCGAGCUGGGGCGCCGCAGCUCAGUGGGAGAGAAGGCAGGCCCUGCGCUGGGGGCUUCCCCCCACCAUUCGUCCAGCUCAGAGGAAAAGACCAAGAGCAGCUGGUUUGGGCUGAGAGAAGCCAAGGAACCAACCCAGAAACCCAGCCUGGACGUGUCUCCUCAGGUAGAACCUGACCCAGCUGCUCCUCCUCACCACCUCCCCUGCUCCCCCUGGGCCGCCGCCCCCCCCACUCCUGCUCCCACCGCUGCGCCCCUGCUAAGCACUAACCUUUUUGUAGCCGCCUCCCCCGCUGCUGCCGCCACCAGUGCCGCCGCCAGUGCCGCCGCCCCCGAAGCCACCCCAUCUGGAUUCUCGGGGGUCACCAACCCGUUCCUCACCUCCCUGCAAAGCAACCCCUUCUUCGAGGAGCUCGUAGCACUAAAUUCUCCUUCACCUGCUCCCUCUCUCCCCAGGGCCUCGAGGGCCGACCCCGCCCCCCUGGCCUCCCCUGGGAAAGCCCUGCCUGAGUGGGACGACACCUUCAACUUCUUUGCCGUGGGCAGGCUGCGUCCAGAGGCCAGGAGCGAGGUCCAGGUCCCUACAGGAGUGGGGCUGGAGGUGGCUGGGCCACAAGACCUGGGCCCCAGGGCUGUGACAGUGAAGGCAGCAGAGCCCCUGGGAGGCCCUGGGGGAGGAGGAGGAAGAGGUGGGAGCAACUUGUGGCCAGGGCCCAGCGUCCCUUUGGACUUGGGACUGGACCAGCAGAGUGUGAGUGAGGCCACCUUGGGACUGCACGGGCCUGCCGGGGCCAGCCCACCUGCCUUAUCAGCUCAGCUGCAUGCAAGAUCUUCGGCCUCAGAUGUGGACAGUGAGCCGCCAGCCCCAGAUGGGGAAGCAGGACAGAGUUCAGCAGGCAGUGGGACGUCUUUGUUCAGCUCCCCAGAAGUGAUCAGUGUGUGGGAGAGGCUCCCUGGCCCUGAGGACAAUGCCCCUGAGGCCCAGGAUGAGGAGACCUCCCAGGCUGAAAGCCAGCUUUUCCACGAGCUCGAUACAGUGGACGAUUCCUGGCCUUGGGACGUGGUCACCGUGUCUCCUGCUGCCGAGACGGCCUCGCCUGUCCAGGGAGAGUCUGAUGUGCAGCCACUUCCCCAGGUACAGCCAGAACUGCCGGAAACUGGGGUCCCCAGGGGGAGUGAGGGGCCAGCCUGCCUGGAACUGGAUCCACAAGCUGUACCCAAGCAGGUAUCGGACAAGGGACUGCAGCCCGGCUCGCCACCUCCCAAGCCACCGCGCCUCUUCACACCUUCCCAUUCUCUGGCCCAAGAGGAGGCACAGGAGCAAGAGAACGCCUUGGAGGGACUGAGGCCCACGGGGGCAGGGACAGGGGGAGAAGAUACCACCUCCAGUGUGCUGGCUGUGGGGCGCCAGGACAGCCUGGAGGAGGGGGAGAAGCCGAAGUCCGAGGAGGCUGGGAGCGGUUCUUCAGGAGUUCAGCUGGGAGAGCCAGACCUGGAGGAUGUAGCAGAGGAGGAUGCCAGCCCCGCCCCUGCAUCUGGGCCCUGCCCGCCUGUGUCCACCAGCUGCUCUGAGGAUCCUACCCCCAGGUCUCAGCACUCAGCAAGCUUGAGUCAGCAGAUCUGGGGGGCUCCAGAGACUCAGAGCCAGGGACCAGUAGAAGAGGUAGGGCUUGAGCCCCUGUCGGUGACCUCCCAGCAGCCUGAUCUGUGGGCUGAGGAUGACACCCUGGAGCCCUUCUUGUCUCAGGAGAGCCGAGAUCCACCUAGCCUCCCAUUCACGUCCCCGCCAGGAUCCAGGGAAUCUUCCGUCCACUCUGGCCCAGAAGAGCUGCCCACACCCCCAGAGCCUGCCUUCCCACCCCCUCUCCCACCCUGGGCCAGCCACCGCCACGGAGGGCCUGACCCUCUGUGCUCUCCCGUGCCCGGAGUGUGGUCCCUCACCUCCUCUUCCCCACCCCUCCGAGAGUCAGCCUUCCACCCUGGGGGCGCCCCUGCCCUGCUUGGGGAGGACCACGCUGCAGCCACCCCAGCCUCCCCGCUUGUGCUUCUGCCCUUGGAGACACGACCAGCUGAGGAGCCACAGCCCAGCACCAGCCCUCACCCCGUGAAGCCCCUCAGCGCUGUCCCUGUGGAGGGCAGCCCCGACAGGAAGCAGUCCCGCACCAGCUUGAGCACUGCCCUGAGCAGCGGCCUGGAGAGACUCAAGACAGUCACGUCGGGCAGCAUUCAGCCGGUGGCUCCUGCACCCCAGCCUGGCCAGAGCACGGACACCAAGAGGCUGAAGGACUCAGCCAUGCCAGACCAGUCGGCCAAGUAUUACCACCUGACACAUGAUGAACUCAUCUGCCUGCUCCUGCAGCGGGAGCGGGAGCUGAGCCAGCGGAAUGAGCACGUGCAGGAGCUGGAGAGCUACAUCGACCGGCUGCUAGUGCGCAUCAUGGAGACCUCACCCACACUGCUGCAGAUCCCUCCUGGCACCCCCAAGUAGCUCUCCAAGCCCCUGCCCCCUUGGGAGGCUUGGCUGAGUGCCUGCCAGCCCUCCUGCUGAACACUUCCCUGGGGAGACCAUAGUCUGGUCACUCCUUGCUCCCCUCUCCCUCCUGCCUUUAUUAGGCAGCUGGAAGGAACACAUCAGGUUCUAGGUGCAUUUUGUGUGUCUGGGAACCUUGGGUCUUCCCUACCUGCACUUUUUCAUCUCCUUUAGCUUCAGGGGCUUCAGUGAACUGGAAUAAGGAAGUUGGCCCUCAAGACAAAGCUAGGGGUGCACUGUGGUUUGAUGUGUGGGGUGGUUUGCGCCCAGAUUCUUAUGCCUGCCCCCAAUGCCCCUGCUCCCCUACAGAUGGUCAGCCUUUUUUUUUCCCCACCGCCAAACCCUCAUCUUGCAGCCCCUCCAGGGGCUACUAGUGUUCCUGGGAUGGGGACAGGGACCAAGCUGCCCAUCUGUAGGUUAUGCACAAGCAGGACACCUACUCUUCAGUCUCAUGCCCAUUGCCCUGGGAGCCAGAAGCUGCUGUGCUCCAGCUUGGUUUCCGCUGUGUCCUGAGUCUCUGUCCAUCUCAGCUGCUGGCAGAGUGUGUUGAGGGGAAGAUGGGUGACAUGGGUUCUCCAAGAUUCUUUGUAUCCCCACAUGUGACCUUUUUGCUGGGAAUGUGUGGCAGGUGGGGCCAGGUGGGCAGGGGGCUCCUCUUGGCUCCCCUCCCUCAUGUGCGCCCUUCUAGGUCGGGCCUCUGAGAUGCUUAGAUUUUGGGGAUCAAACCUCCAUGUCUCUUCUGGCUCCCUGUCCAGAUGCCAACACCCUGCUGCUGAAGGGUUUGAACUUCCAGAAACCGAUUAAAAUGUGCCUUUUGUGAGUGGGGUCUAGCACCUCUGGACGUAGACCUCCCCCACUCCUUUGUGCUGGAUGUCCCCCCUCCUGUCUGAGCACAUGGAGACAGCUCUGCCAGGGCCUGGGGGAAUGUGUGUGGAAGGCAGAGCAGCCCCGUCCUUCCCCACUGCUACAGUGAAUCUGUUGAGGGUCUGGCCAAGUUCCCUCCAUCUUUCCUGCCAUUGCCUCCUCCCUCCAGGUGGAGGAUCUGAGGAUAGAUUGUACUGGAUGGCAGGGGGCCUGGGGCUGCCCCACCGUCUGACACAGUCUGGCCUCAGUUCUGAAAGUGGGAGGUCCCACUGUGCCAUCCCUGACUGUCCCGUCUGCCCCCAUGGACUUGCCUGGCCUGGAUCACAGUAUCCUCUGAAAGGAAGGGUCUGUCCUUUGGCCCCCAGCCCCUCAUUUUCUUGUGGAGAACACAGCAGGCCUCCUCCCAUCCCAGCUUCUGCAAGGAACCUUUGGUGUCUGGGGACAGCCUGUGUUAAUGAAAGCUGGAGGGGACAGGAGUGCUGCAGGAGCACACCUCUGGCCUGGGGUGGAGGAGCCAGCUCCUGUGGGACCAUCUCUUUAUCAGAGUGCCUGUGGGGUCUCUCGGGAGGACAUGUGUUCCUGUGUAUCCCCUUGCCAGGGUGGAGCAGAGGAAUCCCCACACAUCUCCUGCACACACAGGGAAAGCUCCAAUAGAGCUAAACACCUUGAAGUCCCCUUAUGAGUGCCGAGAGACCACAGGUGCCAGGUCCCUGGGACUUGAGUCACGUGUUAGGGAGUGAGGAUGUGGGGGCCGGGGAGGUAGCUUUUCUGAGGGAGGAGGCCAGUCCCCCACCAGGUGUUCCCUGGUCCCAUCCGAGCUCCAGUCACCCACUCACCGUUAAUUCCAGGUCUCGCCUGGAGUCCAGGGCAGGCAUGCGCCCCAUGGUUCUUGCUAGAUCAUUUUUGCUCCUGGCUACAAAUUGGAGGAGAGCUGCAGGUGGUCUGGGCAGGGAGUAGCAGUUCAAGCUCUGCUUUGCUGUUUGUCUUCCUAGUUCUAACUCCUGUUUAUAAAGAGCUUGUUCUUCCAUGUUUUGAGCACUUUAUGAAGAAUAAAAUGUUCACCUACUG